AUAAGCAGUAAUGUGAUCUGCCGGCUUUAAAUUAAUAAAUAGGUUAUGCUAAUUUAAAAAAUUAAAACAUACAUAUUAAUAUUUUGAAAUAUUAAUAAGUUUGUUUAAUUAUACGUAUCAUUAAAUAAUUAUGCCAAAAAAAAAUAUUGUUUUUGUCACGGGAAACAUUAAGAAGUUGGAAGAAGUUAUUCAAAUGUUUAAAACUUUUUAUACAGGAGAUACUCCUUUUAAUUUGUCCAAUAAACAUAUUGACUUACCUGAGCAUCAAGGAGAUCAAGACUUUAUCUGUAAGAAAAAAGCUCAGGCAGCUUUUGAAAUCAUUAAGGGACCAUGUAUUGUUGAAGAUACUAGUUUAUGUUUUAAUGCAUUUGGUGGUCUUCCAGGUCCAUACGUAAAAUGGUUUUUAGAAAAAAUUCAUCCUUUAGGUCUUUAUCGAAUGCUUAAUGGAUUUGAGGAUAAAACAGCUGUGGCUGUAUGUACUGUUGCUUAUGUUAAUGAACAAGGUGAAAUAAAUAUAUUUAGGGGUGAAACUGAUGGUACUAUAGUUGAACCCACAGCAAUUGAAACUUUUGGUUGGGAUUCGUGUUUUCAGCCUAAUGGUUAUAGUGUUACGUUUGCUGAAAUGACUAAAGAAGAAAAAAAUAAAAUAUCACAUAGAAAAAAAGCUAUGUCACAGUUAAAAGAAUUCCUUGAUCAACAUGUAGUAAAUUUGUAAAUAAUUACUUUAUCCAAACAGAAUAAAAAUGUUUAAUUGUCUUGUUUUGUAUGACAAAAAAGAUAUAAAAUAUGAUUAAUUGUAUAUAAUAAAAUUUUGUGUUACUAUUAUUAA